AUGGAGGCCGUCGGGGCUGCUUCUGCCAUUCUCUCAAUUGCAACAGUCGGUGUGCAAUGCUCCAUAAAGCUGAUGACCUUCGCAGGUCAGAUGAAGACGGCUCCGGAACAGAUUACCAAAAUCGCAGAAGAUGUGUCGUUGAAUGCCAGUAUUCUGCAGCAAUUGGGUGAAUUGGCUAAGGAGAACGUCGGAAAUGAACCCCCUGUAUCGGAUGAGAACGAGAGCAGUACCGACGAUAUCAAGUCAAUCCGUGAUGCGGACACCGCAGCAUCCAAGCAGAGUAUCUUCAAUGUCAAGGGACUGGGAACUGUCAUGAGCCUGGCGAAAAACUGCGAAGAGAUCUUUAACUCAUUGGAUCAAUCCUUAAGCAAGGCAAGCAAACAGCUGCGUGCAAAAUCCGGAAAUUCUGGCAAGAUCAAACUUAGUCAUGCAGAGAAGUUCAAAUGGCCGUUCCUACUACCUGGAAUGGAGACGAUGCGGAAUGAGCUCAGAAAUGUCAAAGGCACUUUGAUGUUGAUGCUUCAAGUCGCCAUGCUGGCGUAUUCGAGGAAGCUGAUGAACCAGUAA